AUGAACCCCCCUUCACCAGACGUACACAAGGCUCUCAAUUUAGUGGACCGUGUCCCACUUGAACAUCCUGCUUCGGCCCUGUUACGCGCCUACAUCCUGGAGGCUGUUCAACCUCAGGCGGCUGCAAAUUACGUACAACACCGGCUGAGUGCCGACGGACAUGCUGGCUCUCUCGUUGCCGACUGGAUUUAUGUUAUUGAUUCAGUCGUCUCUGGCAAGCAGCCGCGAGCCCCCACGGCUGAUGAGAUCAAUGCCAUUACCAAGCGAGACGGAGGUAUAUGCUGCGUAACAGGCAAAAGGGGUAGCCUCUGGGACCCUGUAAUAGUCGCUCCGAUCUUACCUGUGCCAUUUCCGUGGCUCAAACAACAGAACCCAUCACGUGUUACAGAACUUCUUGAAGCAUUCUUUGGCCCCCAAUACUUCGAUUGGUGGCGCUUUUAUAUCGAUAGAGCCGGAAUAUAUUCACCUUAUCAAACUCACUGGCUAGUUCGCAGGAGCGUGCACGAGGCCUUCCAGCGCGGAGUCGUCAAGUUAAUACGAUUGCCUUCUUCCAUGAUCGAGUUCAGAGUUGAGCAUGUUCUUAUUGAUGAUGAGCAACCUGUCGAUGUGAACGGCCCUAUUGCUUUGCUGGGUGACCAUUCGCGGCAGGGAAUCGAUAAGGUCGAUGCACGGUUAAUUGGUUCCCACGCCCGCUUCUCCAGAAGUCUCCAGCUAGUGAAUCUUGCAAGGACCAUCGCCCCUGCUCUGUUCUCUGAGCCGAAAACCACCAAAUAUGUCCCCCAACAGCAGUCCCCAGUCCGCAUGCGUUCAAGUAAUCUCGGCCUGGGACACACAUUCGUACGCCCAAUAAUACUUUUGUGGCGGUUAUUUCCAUCAAAAAUUCGUAUUGCGGCCUACGAUCUGUUGCGAAAGCUGGGAAGCUGCUUCUACAGAAAAGAUGGAGAUGCGCAAGUCCAGAGAUUACCUUUUGGACUAUACCUCAAGUUUAACUCCAACCCGGAUACUCUGAGGAACGAGUAUAAUGCCCUCAAGAUCUUGGAACAAAAGACAAGCAUUCCUGCGCCACGAGUCUUCGAUAUAGUGUGCCAGAACAAUGACGAAGAUGAUUUGAGUUUUCUCCUCAUGAGUAGGGUUCCAGGCACAUCAUUGGCGAUAUGUCGGGAUGCGCUUUCUGAUCAAGACUGCGCCAACCUCUCCGUCCAGCUCAAGGACUGUGUGUCACAAAUGCGGGAUAUUCCCAAGCCGGCCAAUCAUGAUAUGGCUAUCUGCAAUACCUUGGGUGAAGCCUGCCGCGAUCCGCGCAUUCGAGACUGGUCUGCCGUCGGACCCUUUCCUGAUGAAGCGUCGUUUAGCCAAAAUCUACGCUUCUCAGACGAGCCCAGCAGGCGUGGACACAAGAUUUGUUUUACCCACGGAGACCUCAACCCUCGAAACAUUUUGGUGGAGCGGAUUAGCAAUUCUGCUGGAGUUAGAGGAUGGCGGUUAAGUGGAAUUAUAGAUUGGGAAACAGCGGGAUACUAUCCUGAGUAUUGGGACUACACUAAGAGCAUGUUUGAAAGCUUUCGGUGGCCAAGGAGACAUAACGAAAUGAUGUCAGAAGUGUUCAGCGAGUUUGGUGAUUAUAGCGAGGAAUUGGCGGUAGAGAGGCGGGCCUGGGAGUCAGGAGACGGAAUUUAA